AUUAAUCAUCCACAGAACGUUGUUCAGCAAUUUAAUAUUUUGUUUGCUUAUGCUUACUUUUAUGGUUGUGAUUUUGAACCGGUUGAUUAUUGUUAGAAAUUCGUAUUGACCAAUUAUUUGUUUCUCAAAUAUCGCUAAUUCAAUAAAUUAAAACGAAAACUCAUUCAAUACUAUGCAGGGCAACUCUAGUAGUAGGCGUCUCACAAGGCGACCGAUGGAAACUCCUGGAUUAGACAUGAAUAACAUGCCAAUGCAACAACAAGUUCAGUACAACUAUGCUCAGCCAGGAAUGUACUCGCAAUCCGAUUCACAAACAGUUCCACCUCAACAACAGUUCUAUUACAAUGAUUUUACAUCUGUUCCAUCACAGCAAGGAUACGGGAACACUGACUUUGGAUAUGGUGGAUCAGUACCUAUGGACAAUGCAAAUCAUCGAGAACAUUAUUCACCAAGUCCAAGUCCUCAACAGCCUCAACCAACUAUGUUUAUCCCAUCAAAUAAUUUAGUUGAUGCUUUUGGAAGUAAUCCUAUACUAGCUGGAGCUACUGUACGUUAUGGUCAGAAAAUGUUGGGACAAGUUGUAGAUGAAAAUGUUGGCAAAUAUACUAGUGGUAUUAGCGCCCAAAUAAAACAUUAUUUUGCUGUUGAUAAUCGUUAUGUAAUCUCCAAACUUGGUAUAUUAGUAUUUCCAUUUGUUCAUACUGAUUGGUCAAUCAUAUUAGAAACAACAGGUGACCAAACUGUAGAUCGCCAAAGAGCAAGGCCUAAGUCUGAUGUUAAUGCACCUGAUCUUUAUAUACCUACUGUAGCAUUUGUAACAUAUUUACUAUUUUUGGGACUUAUACUUGGCAAACAUGGGCAAUUCAGUCCAGAACUGUUAAGUGUACAAGCUUCUCGUGUUCUUGCUUGGGAGGUUAUAGUUGUUGCUAUGGAAAUGUUGGCAUUGUAUGUAACAAACAUACAAAGUUCAUUACGGACUCUUGAUCUUACUGCCUAUUCAGGAUAUAAGUAUUUUGGAAUUGUUAGCUGUAUUCCAGUUGGAUUACUUCUGGGUGAAAAGGCAUUUUUUAUUGCUUUACUAUACAUUAAUGUUGCAUUUGUAUACUUUUUGUUAUUUUCAAUGAGGUGGCAAUUGAAUGCAGUAGCAACUAUUUCAAAUGGAAGCCAACCUGUUGUAAUGAUUGAAUACAAGCGUAAAAGAACAUUAUAUUUUCUCAUUUUAGCAGUAGCCAUUCAACCAAUCACUUCUUGGUAUCUAGCGUCAUAUUUGCAAUUUAAUAUGAGUUAAAUCACCUUAAGCUACUUCAAGAAAUUGAUAUUACCACAAAUAUGGAAAAUAUGUUAUUAAAACUGUAUAUAUUUUAAACAUAUUUUCCUAUCAUGCUAUAUAAAUAGACUUUUUUAUGAUCA